GGUGAGCUUGUGAUUCUGCGGCUGCCUGGUGAAGCCUUCUACCGUGACAACUUGGCUUUUGGAAGUUUGCACUUCAGUGACGGAAGUCAGAAAACCCUUGCCUGCUUUGCAGUGUUCAUCGCACUGCACCUUGCUGCAACUUUGCCUGGGAAUGCCGACCAGUUGACGCACCCAAGCGUUCAAGGUCUUUUAGCUUCAAUGCUUCGCAUUCCAACCCUCGUGAAAGGAUCUGUGGGAGUGUCUUCUGAUGUGGACAGUGCAGUGUCCCAAAUAGUGAAACAGAAUUUGGACUCGAAGGUGCAGCCGGUGUCCGCACUGGCAUGGGUCUCUAUCUUGAGAUCUCUCGGGAGCGAUGUUGGCGCAGAUGGUCUGAUCGCCAAGUACAACGAUCACCCAGAGGUGGUUGCCAUGGAGCAGUCUGGUGGUGUGGGAUCCAUUGGAAUCGACAAGAAGAAGAUGCAGGCAGUGAAGAACCUGCUGGAUGCCACUGGGGCGGCCGCCCUUUCUGAGAUGCAGCAGAGUGUCCACGACUUUGCAUUCUCGUAUGGGCCGUUCGGGGACCAGUUCUGCCAGCUGCCUUUCAUUUAUGUGGGUUCGACUGCAAAGCUGGACCCGAUCAAUGCGCAAGAUGCUGCUUCCGAUGCUCCCCAGCCGCUACCUCGUGAGCCUUUCUGUUCAUUGGACUGGGACCUCCAGCUUUCAGAGGAAGGGCAAUUCUUUCUCUUCAGAAGGGUGCGGACAACGUUCAAUCGUGUGACAGGUCUUGUUCCCAUGGCCCAAAAGAAACGAUACCGCAUGUCUCCGGAUGAGCUAUUCAGGGUCCGGAACCUCAUCGCCUUUUUCCAGCAGAUUGUGGGUCAUUUGCGAGCUCGCUUGGAUGAAUCCGAUGUGCGAGAGUGGAUUGAGGAGGUGACCUGUGGCCUCUCGCGAGACGAGGACUUGCAGCAUCUGGUGAAUCUACGCCCUCCAAACUUUUCAUUGUCAAUGCUGCUGAGCCAGCAGCAGCAAGCCAGAAAGAGUAUGGAAGUCGCAGAGCAAGAAAAGAUGGAGGCCGUCGCCCAGCAGCGCCAGGAAGUUCAGGAGGCGCAAUGGACCUACUUCAAGACGGCUUUGGCAAAGGACCAUGAUGCGAUUUCCCGAGUCAGUGGAGCUCCCGCUGCCAUUCGACAGCGGCUGCACGCCAAGCAGGUGAAGCAUCGCAACUCCAUGGUGAAAGACACUUACCUUCGCGUUGUCUCGGCCGACAAGAUGGACCUGGCGCGCGCCGAGAUCAGCCAAAUGAAGUUGGACAUGGCACGUGAGCUGGAGUGCCCCUUGGACCAGAUCUGCACAGUUGGGAUCGUAGAUUUCAAUGUGCCAACAGCCCGACAGAAAGCUGCAGCAAGUUCCUUGGUGAACGCUGUCAGCCUGAUCAAUGACACCGGCGUUGCGCACAACAAUUGUGUGCUGAUGACUCUACCUGACUUGGCCAAAGACAGCAGCCUCCGUGGGUUGUACGACGAGGAGAAAAUGAUCCUGGAAAGUUGCUUCGGACUGCGCCAAAAUGUUGAGUCAAGAUGGAUCGACCUGUACACCCGCGACCGCAGGGUCGACAGGUCUUCCAUGCGGCGGUUUGGAGCAGGCCGCAUCGCUGUGAACCACCAAAGCACCGAGAAGAACAUAUGGCUAUCCAGCGAGCUUGCGGUGUGUGGGCGCCCCACAGCAGCGAAUGAAACCGAGCGAGGGGCUCCAUGCGCUGUCCUGCCAAAGAGUUCGUCGCUUUUGCUCCCAGAGGCCUCUUCGCCGAACGCUGACUUGAAGCUGGCUGAGCGAACACGGCCUAGCCCUGAGCAGUCGGCCGCCCAAAAGGGUUGUCAGAGGCACGAGCUAUUGCUCGAAUCGCUUUUUCGGCAUGUGCCCAUGCCGGGAAGCCAAACUGCCGUCCUGAUUGUGAACUUUACAGGAUACGUCGAGGAGGUAUUGAAUCUUCGCCUACGCGGAGUGAUGCAGGGCGAAGGCGGUGGCUUUGAUUUCAGCAGGGCCUUCUACUUGUCGGUGCACACUUUGGACAACGACUCAGGGUUUCAGUACGCGAAGAUGAGAGAGUUGAAGACCAUUCCCGGAGCUGAUUGUGUCCAGAGCAUUGACAAGCUCAAGCUGGAGGUUUGUGUACGACAGGGGACAACCAUUGUGAUUCAUCCGGACCAGUGCAAACAAUGGUCAAACUCUGGCAGUGAAAUUGCCGAAGCAUUUGCAGAGCUCAAGAAGAAUCACACGGACAACUACUCCCAAGUUUUGUCUUCGAUCAUUUCUACUCCAGGCCAGUCCGCUAGUCAAGUGUCUGGCACUUCGCAGGAAGCAGCCGCAGCUCUGACAGACGCUGCGGAACCUGAGACAUCAGAUCCGGGCCCGGCCGUGCCCAAAGUGACCUUUGAGUCGAUUGACAAGUUGAAGGAGAAGGAAGAGAUUGAGGUGCGAUGUGCUUCGGAGGUGUCCGGCGUGGAGCUGAUAAAGUGCCGAUCGGGCAAGAUCUUCUUGUGUUCGGACAAAAAGCGUGUGGUUCCGAAGUCGACUUUGCUGGGCGGAUACGGGACAGGGAAGCAUUUUGAAAGCACUCAGAUUGAAACGCUCACCAUCUACCGCCUUCUGGUUUUGCUGGAGAAAACCAAGAAAAUCUCCCAAUACAAAGUGACGUAUUCGGAGUGCAAAAGGACCGAUGCGGCUACAGGCAACGAUGGAUUCCAGCUGACCAUUUCUGAGGCAUGCCAGCUGCGCCGGUCUUUGACUCAGCCUGUGUCUAAUGAGUCUGAAGUAGCAGCAGGUCCUCGCGGUGGUGCUGCCAACUUGGCUGCUGCGGGCUCAUCAGAAUCUUUGCAUACUCCUCCCGAAAAAGUCCGUAGCUCUUUGUCGCCACUGCAAGGUGACCAGUCAGCGAAAGAGUCAGUCGAAGUGGCGCCUGCUGACGCGGGAUCUGUCUUCGAAGAGACAGAUGUGGAGGAAGAUGAACAGACUUUGAAAAAACCAGCAGCCAGACAUACUCCUGUGAUGAAAAGGCCGGCAGCAGCGAACAGCUCUGAGCCUGCCAAGCCUGAAGGAUCCGUGGAGUCCAAAAAGAAUGGUGGUUCAAAGAUGGAAUCCAAAGAGCAAGAAAAGUUGGUUGAGCCAAGAAAAGGGGAGCGAAAGAUGAAGAGACCUGCAAGUUCAAGCUCUCUCCCGGUUCCUGAGCCUGAUGGUUCCAAGAAGACAAGAGUUAGGUCUGACCCUAAGCCUCCAAAGGAGGGAUCGGAGUCAGCGUUCCCGAACGCGGACCGGAUGUUGAAAGAUGCUUCUGGAGAGUGGGAGGACUUGCUAGAAGGUGGCACUUUCCGAAGUCAUCAGUUCAUUGACUUAGUUCCGGGUCAUUACCCCACUCAAGAAGAUACUGAGACACCAGAGCCGGAUACAGGAAACAUGCCUGAAGUCCAAACGUCAGAGCAGAUUCGUGCCCUGAAGGCAGAAUCCAUGCCCGCGCAGUCUGCAGCACCGUUGGACUCUCCUCCGCCGCUGGUGUCCCAGCCGUCCUCAUUCCCAGAAAGCACAUCUACAUCAUCGUCCUCCCGGGACGGAGACGAAGUCGAUUCCCAUGUUGAUCAAGAGAAACAGUCAAGCAGUAGCUAUGGACCAAUUCGGAGGAGAGUUGAUUCCAAGUCCGGCGCUCCUGCGUUGUACAGACCGCCCGUGCUCCGUCAAGAUGACUUUGUUGAAAUAAUCAAAGAAGCACUUCCACAACUGUUAGAGGAUGCCAUUUCAGGUAAACCAGAAUCACAGCCCAGCACGACAGACAUCAGCAUGGAGCAUGGACAGAAGAGAGCACUGUCACCAGAUUCGACUGCUGCCGAUGAACCGGCGACCAAUCGAGCUCGUCAUGAUGAAGUGUUGACGGUCGAAGAGGCGUCCGCAGGAGGUGUUCCACCGUCCCUGAGCCUCGAAGAUUCGGGAACCAAG